AUGCUUACCGAUCGAACUCGAUUUCAGGACUUUGGCCUUGGACCUACACGCAAGAAAGGGUUGCAGCCGCUCUUUGGUAAUGGGAUUUUCAACUCUGAUGGUGCAGUUUGGAAGCGCCACCGCAGUAUACUGCGACCCAUUUUGUCUCGUGUUACAGCAGCUGAAGUUGAUGUUUUUGAAGUCCAUCUUCAAACCCUGAUGCGAUCCGUACCGGCAGAUGGCAAUACGGUUGACCUCCAACGCGUUUUCAAUGCCAUGGCCCUUGAUAUUUCGACCGAACUAUUUCUGGGCACAUCGACAAACGUACUUCCAUCUCUUUUUGAUUCCGAGCCCCGCGGCAUGCGGGGACAGAAAUUUGCCGCGGCAUUUGAUUACUCCCAGCGUGCCCUGUCCGGAAUUGAUGAUUUCAGUUUGUCGGGACUUUGUUGGAAAUUUCUUCUCGGUGAUAAAAAAUUGGACGAGUCCCUUCAAACUGUUCAUUCAUUCAUAGAUGAAACUAUCGAGCAUGCAAGUGAAACCUUCACCGAACAGUCUGGACUGUCCGAGGUCAGUGACGAUAAAGCGCAAAUUGUCUUCAACAAGCUUCUCAGCGAAGGGAGAUCGAAGGAAGAUAUCAAAUAUGACAUGCUGAAUCUCCUGGCUGCCGGCAAGGAUAGCACGGCUUCCUUUCUCGCUUCGACAUGGUAUGUGCUUUGUCAGAGGCCCGAUGUGUGCGGCAAAAUCCGUGCAGAAAUCGGUGCUCUGCAAGGGCAGCGCCCGGCGCUUGAAGAUCUUUCCAAGUUUUCCUACCUCCGUAUGGUCCUUCAAGAAGGUAAAGCCUGA